UGAGAGCAGCUGAAGGUCCGCUGGGUCCGAAACGUCGGAGACAAGGAGAAGAGGAGGAGGAGUUGCAGGAGUAGAGCUGAGAGAGAGAGAGAGAGAGAGAGAGAGAGAGAGAUCAUAACAAACAGCAACCUGCAGGGAAUAUGCUGACUUCUUAAGUCCUUAGUGUAGAAAUGCUCAAACUUUAGGUGUGUUAUGGAAUUUUAUUGGGAUGCGUGUUGGGAGCGCAAUUCCUGGCUACUCAGUUUAAGUUCACAAGAUGGGAUCUCAUGGAGAAUCUGAACAUCAGCCGACUCGCACGAUCGCCUGGAUUUUUACCUUAAUAACUGUUGCUUUAGUAGUUUUCCUAUUUUAAGUGUAUUUAAUUAAAUCACCAGCUAUAGCUCAUCUUAAAUUGAACUGGAACUGGAAAGUCUCCUCGACCGUUUUUUUUUUGUUGUUGUUGUUGUUUGACAAGUGAGAAUCAUGCAUCUGGGCAAAGCACUUUUGUUUUUCCUCCUCCUAAACAGCGUGACCACGAUCUUCUCGCUGUCCACUUGCACCACCGUGGACAUUGACCACAUAAAGAAGAAGCGCGUGGAGGCGAUCCGGGGUCAGAUCCUGAGCAAGCUGCGCCUCACGAGUCCGCCGCAGGCUCUCGGACCCUCUCAGGUGCCGUACCCGGUGCUGGCGCUUUACAACAGCACCAAGGAGCUGAUCGAGGAACUGGGUCGAGAGCGACAGCAGAGCUGUGGGCAGGACAACACCGAGACCGAGUACUAUGCCAAGGAGAUAUACAAGUUCAACAUGAUUCAGGGGCCACCUGAUAACAAUGACGUGGUCUACUGUCCCAAGGGUAAAACGUCUAAAGUAUUCCGCUUCAAUGUCUCAUCUAUGGAGAAAAAUUCCACCAACCUGUUCCGAGCAGAGUUUCGUGCUCUGAGAGUGCCCAACUCCAGCGCCAGCAGGAACGAGCAGCGCAUUGAGCUCUAUCAGAUCAUUAAACAUUAUGAGCAUAUUGCAAAGCAGCGGUAUAUUGGGGGAAAGAACGUCUUGACCAAAGGAACGGCUGAGUGGGUCUCUUUCGAUGUUACGGAGACUGUUAGGGAGUGGCUUACACACAGAGAGACUAAUCUUGGCCUGGAGGUCAGUGUGCACUGCCCCUGUCACACCUUUAAUCCCAAUGGUGACAUCAACGAUCACAAAAACGAAGUGCUGGAGGUCAAAUUCAUAGGUAUGGACGGAGAUCACUACGAGCACCGCAUGGAUCAUAGCCGCCUCAGUAAGCAGAAGGAGCACCCCCUGCCACAUCUUAUCCUGAUGAUGCUGCCUCCCCAUCGCCUGAACGUGCCGCCUACAUCCAGACGUCGCAAACGGGCACUGGAUACCAACUACUGCUUCUCUAAUUAUGAGGAGAACUGCUGUGUUCGCCCGCUUUACAUCGAUUUCCGACAGGAUUUGGGCUGGAGAUGGAUCCAUGAGCCAAAAGGAUACCACGCUAACUUCUGCUCAGGGCCAUGUCCUUACUUGCGCAGCGCUGACACCACACACAGCUCGUUGCUGAGCCUGUACAACACUCUGAACCCAGAAGCCUCAGCGUCACCAUGCUGCGUGCCACAGGACCUCGAACCUCUAACCAUCCUCUACUAUGUUGGACGAACACCGAAAGUGGAGCAACUUUCCAACAUGAUUGUCAAAUCUUGCAAGUGCAGCUGAGAGUUUCAGCACCAGUGGCAGCCCUUCAGAGGUCUUACCACCUUGGCAAAAAGAGGGAGGGUUAGAGGGGCCAGAACUGGACUUAAAAAUACCUCCAUACUUUCUUCUUCUCCACUUUCAGGCCCUGGAGCAUGACACUUUGAAGCACUACAUUUCCUAUAAUGAGUUUUGUUCCAAGGUGGCUUUGCCAUCAAAUGCUACUCUUCCAACCCUCGGACCUCCACGUAGACCAUUUGGGCUGAUUUAUCCCUUCCCCCACUUUUUCUCCACCUAUACCUGUUGCUUUUACAUUUUGAACUGUCUGUGCCACCGUACAAAUGUCUUGGGCAUUUCUGAACCGGCUGAAUUAUAUUAAACUGACAGCACUCACUUAGUGACUAAUACAGAAGCUGCUUUAUCCAGAAUGUCUUAGCAGCUGUGGUCAGGACACAAAGGAAAACUGAUAAUCCCUACUGGAUAUAUCAAAACAGACUUAAGAGUUAACAAGAGCAUUGCCUGGCUGACACUCAGGCGACCGUCAGGUUUUUGUUUAUAGUGUAAAAAGCCUUGAUGCACAGGAUUCGUCCUUGCUGAACAUUGUACUGUGGUCUUCACGGUUUCCCACACUGUUUGUCUACAAGACAGGCUAAUGAAUACAAGACGUGUCAUAAAUAAUAUUAAUAAUGAUACAUGCUGGAAAGAAAUGUUAGUGAGAAAAUAUUUUGUUUUGGAUGCUUACCUCUGUUACCUGUCAGACUUUUUUUUAGGUUUGUUCAGUAGGCCUACAUAAAAGCAAACAGGAUAAAAUAUUGUAUGACAAGACAUGAAACCAGAUCACAAACUGUACAUGUUUUUUUUUUUAUUGCUAUUACCCUUGGAAAAACAAUCUUUUUUUAAUUAAAAUUAGUCUUGGACAAAUAGAUUGAAUUUGAAUUAUUUCUGCAAGAGUAAUGCACAUAAUAUAAUACUUUCAAAUAAAUAUAAUGCACUGAAUGCUGUAUUAUUAUUAUUAUUAUUAUUAUUAUGUAACAC